AUGGCUGUUUCCAAGACCACUAAUCCACGUGUUUUAAAAUACAGAGAGGCUAACAAAGCUCGUAAAGAAGCUAAAAAAGCCAAGGCUGCCAAUAAAAAACCAGCCAAGGAAAUUAAGCAAAAAGAAAUGGCUCCAAUUACCCGUGAAAUGACUAUUCACAUGCAUGCUUAUCUUCACAAAGAAUCAUUCAAGAAGAGAGCACCAAAAGCAAUUAAAAUCAUUAGAUUCCUUGCUAUUAAAACUAUGAAAACACACGUUGUUAAAUUCGAUAUGGGAUUAAAUCAAUUCAUUUGGAGCCAAGGUAUUAGAUCAGUUGCUGACAGAAUUAGAGUUAGAAUGGCCAGACUUCCAAUUGAAGGUGAAGAAGGAAAAUUCUAUACUCUCGUUUCAUAUGUUCCAGUUGCUAGUUUCAAAGGUCUCGUUACUAAAACCGUAGAAGAAGCUGAAAAUUAA